AUGGCGGCCGAACAGCAGACACGUAACAUUGUUAUUAUUGGUGGCGGCAUAAUUGGCUCAACAACCGCCUACUUCCUCUCUCAGCACCCAAAUUUCAAUAAGGAAAAACAUACCAUUACUCUUCUAGAAGCGACUACAAUCGCAAGCGGCGCCUCAGGGAAAGCAGGUGGUCUUCUAGCACUAUGGGCCUACCCAAGCUGCAUAGUCCCUUUGAGUUACAAGUUGCACCAAGAGUUAGCUGAGAAGCAUGGCGGUGCGGAACGAUGGGGUUACAGAGCGGUGCAUUGCGGGCAGGUUGAUUGUCAAGGUGUUUUGUCACAGAGUAAUGACAAGAGUGAUGUAAAGGGGGACUCUGUGUCCUUGCAGAAGAGGACGCAAAAGGCGAAAGGACUGCUGAAAGCGGCGGGUAUACCGAAAGAACUAGAUUGGGUAGCCCCGGAGAGCCUCAAAAGUUACGAUGAGAUGGGCGACCCGAGCACAACCGCACAAGUCCACCCAUACCAGUUCACCACCUCGAUGGCAAAGCUCGCAGAAGAAAAGGGGGUGAAGAUCGUCUAUGGUUCUGCUACAUUAAUUGACCAAAGCGACGGCGCAGUCACGUCAGUUACGUAUAAGAGCAAAGAGACGGGCGAAGAGAAGAAGCUAGCAGCAGACACCGUGGUCCUGACUGCUGGCCCCUGGACAAAAACAAUCUGGAAAUCUGCACCUAUUUCCGCUCUGCGCGCUCACUCCGUCACCAUCCGUCCUUCACGGCCUGUCUCCGCCUACGCCCUCUUCACUUCCAUCGACCUCCCCCGCGGCAACGGCCGGCGAGCGGAAACCGUCACUCCUGAGAUCUACGCGAGGCCCAACAACGAAGUUUACGCCUGCGGCGAAGGCGACCAGCUCAUUCCGUUGCCCACCAGUACCGACCUAGUACAGAUCGACCAAUCGAGGUGUCAAGAUAUCAUCGACCAGGUUUCGUCUGUGUCCGAGGAGCUACGCGACGGAGAGGUUACGGCGAGGCAGGCGUGUUAUUUGCCGAACGUGAGUCGAGGUGGUGGGCCCUUGAUUGGAGAGACGAGCGUAAAGGGCUUGUUGAUGGGUGCUGGACAUACGUGCUGGGGCAUUCAGAAUGCGCCGGCGACGGGUAAGUGUUUGAGCGAACUGGUUUUCGAGGGAAGCGUGAGGAGUGCGGGGAUUGGUAGUUUGGAUCCUAGGAAGUUUGGGGUGUGA